AUGAAGGGAUCGAAUGAUAUAGCAUUAAGUGCUCAACAAAGGCAAGCAUUGGGUGCUAUGCCCCAACCAAAUCUGCGAGCUAUGCGACAACCCCUACAACUGCUGCUCCAACAGCAGCAACACCAACAGAACCAUCAACAACAACAACAACAACCAGGUCAACAACAACAGCAGCAGCAGCAGCAACAACAACCGCAACAACUUCAAAGGCGACCUGACUUGAGGAAUUUCCAUUUUGCAAGUACCUCACAGGAAAUUUUACGAAAAUAUGCAAAACAUCCUGCUUCUUUAACAUUACACAUAUUUGAAAAUCAUUAUAGAUUCAAUAAUUUAACUGAUUCCAAUACGAUACCCAAUACUUCACCCAUGAUUAAAGAUUUCUUACGCCACGUCCUUAGAGAGGAAAUUCCAGUGGAAAUGAGUGAAUUAUUAAAAGAUUUUUCUAUCAAAUCUUAUGAUGGAUGUUUAAUUUUACAAGUUUAUGAUCACAGAAAUAUGGUAACUACAGUAAAAAAUACUGGUGCUAAUGACAAAUCAAUUCAAAAACCAGAUGGUACUACAACUGCCACUCAAGCAAGUGUCAUCUCAACCCCAAAGACUUAUAGAACAUUAUUAAAACCAACCCAAUUAUCACUUUAUUAUGAUUUAUUAUUUCAUACAGAUCAUGCUUUAACUAAAUUCACAGAUGCAUUAUCAUUACAAAUGGAAUCGGAGAUAUUGACUUUAACUAAAAGGAAACUUGAUUUAUCAGUUCCAUUGAAUCCUUAUCUAUGUGAUGAAGUUCUCAGACCAGAAUCAGCCUAUCCUAAAACAGUGUGGGAUGAAGCUAAAGGUGAUUAUAAAGUGAUUUAUCUGCAUCGUGAAGCUAUUGAUGUUCCACCUCGUAAGAUUCAUCAAGAUGAAAUGGUACUUCAUAAAUCAUCCGAAUAUGAAGAAAUUAUGUUAUUAAUGUCAAAUAAAUAUAAAGCUUCUGAUGAAACUCAAGAUAAGAAAUUAAUUAUCGUCGGUUCAUCUCUUACUAGUGGUCCUGCAGCUCCUGCUGCUAGUAAACCAAUGAGUAAAGAAAAUACUUCUGGACCUGAAUCAAAGGGUAAGAAAUCUGAUAAAUCUAGUAUUGCAGCUGCUCCAGUUCCAACUCCUGCUAAUUCAUCAAGACCAACUGGUCAAUUUAUGAGACUUCGUUUGAUUGAAGAAAUUAGAAAGAAGAAAGAAACUGAAAAGCAAGAGGCUAAAUUACAAGCUCAAAUGCAAUCAGCUGGACAACCUCAACCACCUCAACAAGGUGAAGGAUGGCAAUCAAAUGGUCAAAGUCCUGAAACUAAACCCAUCGAUAAUGCUCCUCCUGCUAAAAGAGUUAAGAAAGAAGCAUUCAAGGCUAAUGGAUCUGCUGCUGUACCUCAAUCCACGCCAGUUUCAUCACAACCUUCAGUUUCACAAAAUGGUGUUGCUCGUAAUGGUUCAUUUGGUUCAAAUGCUAGUAAUUCAACCCCAGUACAACAAGCAACACCUGCUCAACAAACUUCACAACCAGGUUCAUCUCAACCACAACAACAAACUUCCCUUCAACAGCAGCAACAACAGCAAAUCUUUCAAAAUUCAUUAUCUGCUGAAGAACAACAAUUGUUUAGACAAAUGCAAAGUCGUAUGCAAUCAUUGGGAGCUAUGGGUAAUUCUGGACUUACUCCAAAUAGACAACAAUUAACUCCACAACAAAGAGCUCAAGCCAUUCAACAAAUGAAAAAUUUACAACAACAAAUGUUACAGAAAUUCCCGGUUUAUUUUGAAAGAUUACGUCAAUUCCAAUUAAUUCAACAACAAAGACAACAAAAGCAAAAACAAAUGCAAGAGAAACAAAUGCAAGCUGCUGCUAUCAAAGCUCAACAACUGCAACAACUGCCACAACAACUGCCCCAAUUCUCACCACAACAUGCUAAUGUUGCAGGUAAGUCUGUUCCAGGAUCUUCAGCUGCUCAAGAUGCCAAACCAGCUGAAAAGAAGAAAAGAACCUAUAAAAAGAAAAAUUCCGUCACUUGA